UAUUCGGUUCUUGUCGUUUAGCGAAAGAAUGGACGAGGCAGCCUCGGCCACGAAGGCACUCGGGCUGGAUGAACCGCCCAUCGGCGGGUCGCCGGUGGAGGGAGUGGGCUCGGAUACGGAAUCGGAGGCCGAAGCCGCUCCGAUGUCUGUUAUAGCGGAACCGCCAAACAUCGACAUGAGAGCCGAGCCGAACCCGGACGAGGCCGAGGCGGCUUUCGCAGAGGUGACGUCAGUGACUGUGAGAGAUGUGCAAGCUGCAGAGGACAAUGUUUUCACCACCACCGUUGCCACAUCAGGAAGCCUUCCUGAGCACGUGCUGAGUGGCAGAACCACUCUCCAGCUGGGUGAAGGUCUCAGUGCCCAGAAGGCCACUCUGAUCGUGGUUCACACAGACGGCAGCAUAGUGGAAGCAGCAGGCCUUAAAUCUGCCGCCACAAUCACAUCAGGCCCACAGAAUCCCUCGACGCCUCUGACUCCGCUGCAGGACAAAGAUUCUUGCUCCAAAUACAACUGGGACCCAUCGGUGUAUAACAACGAGCUGCCAGUCCGCUGCAGGAACACAAGCGGAGUCCUCUACAAGAAUCGACUGGGCUCAGGGGGUAAAGGUCGCUGUAUCAAACACAAUCAGCAGUGGGUUACACCAACAGAGUUCGAAGCUUUAUCAGGAAGAGCGAGCAGCAAAGACUGGAAAAGGAGCAUCAGAUAUGCUGGCAGACCUCUGCUCUGCCUUAUUCAGGAGCAGAUCUUGAACCCUCAUGCUGCUUCCUGUACCUGUGCAGCCUGCUGUGAUGACCUGACACAUUCACCAAAGGAUGGGGAGUCUCUGACACCAGAAAGUGUCACCAUGACAGGCCCUGUGCGCCUCUUUGUCCCCUACAAGAGACGGAAGAAAGACAAUGAUCUUCCAGUGGGACCAGUCAAGAAGGAACUCAGCCCCCUAAAGAACAUCCAAUUGACUCCAGGAACCACAUUCACAGUGACCCCGUCGGGGCAGUUUGCUACCCCUUCCACAUUGACCUUUGACCGUGCACCAACAAGCGACGCUGCCUCCGCUACCAUCAUCUCAGAUGGAACGGCGCAGAAUGACGUCUUUGCCAACACCACAGUGCUUACCGCAUUGCCUGCGCUCGCCGUGGCUCCUCAACCCAUCCAAGCCAAAGUAGCGGUGGCCUCAGCGGCGUCCUCUCCAUCUGCAACCCUUGUUGCGGGACUGGAGGUGGCGCCUGUCGGGGGUGGAUGUCAGACGGCGGGCGAGGGAGAGAAGAACACCUGGGUUUACCUGGAGGAGAUGGCGAACACGCUGCUGAACAACGUGCAGCAGCUGAAGGCUCUGAUAGAACAGGCCAAAAGCUCUGCUGGAGAUACGGGAGGGAUCAAAGGUCAGGGAGGCCGAAAAGAGUGCAGCCUUAGUGCACCGUUUCAGAACCAGAUCUCGUUUCAUCAUGCGGAUGAUUCAGAGACCAAAAGGAACUCCGACCUCACAGAGAUCAUCAUGAACGAGAUGUGUGUGAACUGUGGUCGGGAGGCAAUAAGCGAGUGUACUGGCUGUCACAAAGUCAAUUAUUGCUCCACGUUCUGUCAGAGGAAGGACUGGAAGGAUCAUCAGCAUGUAUGCCUGCAAUCAUCGGGCGGCUUAGCUGUUCAAGAGGAGGAGCAAUUGCAGGCUAUGGACAUGGACAAAGUGAAAUGAGGUGGAUGAUGCAAGAAAGAAGUUUUUACUAUGGAUGAAAUACUCUAAAAUCACAUUUUUACUGUACAGCAGCCCCUAGUGUCUGUGAGAGGAACUACAUUUAAACAAAGUAGAAGAUUUAAGAUCAGCAGAUCACUAUAGUUUAGUGGCGCUCAGUAAUUAUACCAACAUGAUGAUGGUAUAGUUGGUAAGUUCAACUAUAAAUAUUUAUUUUUAGCAGCAGCUCUGCUAAAUAUAUCAUGAAGCAUCAGUCAAGGAUAUGUGAUUCUAGAUAUGGUAAGUUACUGUGACCUUGCUCUUAAAAGAUAAAAGCACUUAUCUUGUAUAAGAGUCAACCUCCGUGCCAGGUUAGUGUUUUGUGUUUUUUUUGCUUUCUGUUCUUAUUCCUAUAAUGUUUUUUAUAGUAUUAUGAUGAAAAAGUUUCAGUUUACGUCCUGUUUUUUUUUUUGUGCCAAUUUUCUAUGACAG